AUGUCAAAGCGAGUUAAUGACAAAGAGCAAGUACCAUCGUCGCCAAAACGAACGCGUGUAGAUGAUGAAACGAUGAAUGUAAACCAGCACGUACAAAAGGCACGCAGUCGUCUGUUGGCCCGCAUUUCUGAACGUGCCAUUCCUCCGAAAUUACACGGCUUGGAGCGACAGUACGAUCAGUUGCAUCAUUUGUUGAAACAAACCGUGACCCUCGGUGAAAGUAAUUCAUGCCUACUCAUUGGAAAUCGUGGCACAGGGAAAACGAUGCUUGUCCGCAGUGUUCUUGAUGAUCUCGACAAAAUGUACAAUCGCGACAACAACCGAUCAUUUGUUUUGGUGCGCCUCAAUGGCUUGACGGAAACGAGCGAUCGUUUAGCACUCGCCGAGAUUUCUAGACAAAUUUUGUCUGAACAAACGACCGGUCAAUCGGAACGUUCAUUCUCGUCGUUUGCAGAAUCGUUUGCUUACAUUCUAUCACUGCUGAAAUCAGGCAGCAAAGCGACGUUGCCCAUCAUAUUCGUGCUGGAAGAGUUUGAUCUUUUCACCCAGCAUCCCAAGCAAGCUCUCUUAUACAAUCUGUUUGAUACAGUCCAGAGUGCGCAAAAUCCAUUGGCCGUCAUAGGAUUAACUUGCCGUCUUGAUACCCUUGAAUUGCUAGAAAAGCGCGUCAAAUCUCGAUUCUCCCAUCGUCAAAUUUAUCUGUUCCCUCCCACCGUAUUUCGCCAUUUUCUCGACAUCGCAAAGGACUCCUUGUCGUUGCAAGUACGAUCCACAGAUCCUGUUUCCUAUCAAAACUAUGUGAAAACGUUCAACCAGUCUGUCAAUGAACUCUUUGACGAUGUCGCCCUCAUCAGUUUACUGCGCCGUAUUUUCGAUUUAACAAAAGAUCUGCGUUUAUUUUACAAAAUAUGUUUUGACCCGGUCACCAAAUUGACGGCAGAAGAACCGUUAUUACAAGUAAUCCAUUUCCAGACCGCCGAUAUGAUGCAGCGAACAGACUCAAAGACAGAAAUGUUAAAAGGUGUUUCCUUACUGGAGCUCAUUCUGAUUGUGAGCAUGAAAAAAUUGAUGGAGAGAGACAUUUCAGUGUUCAAUUUUCAGAUGGUGUACGAUGAAUACAAGGAAUUUAUGAGCAGUACGCAGGUGCGAGGCAUGGGGUUUGGCAUGAAACUCUACAAGCGAGCAGUAGCCUUGAAGGCCUUUGAAAAUUUGCAAGCAUUUGAGCUGGUAUGUCCGACGGAGCAAAUCGGCAAGCGUCCGAAAGAAUUCCGAAUGGCGAAACUGAUGUUGGAGCAAGCCCAAGUCACCGAAGCCGUGUAUAAAUAUAAAGAUUGUCCUGCCACCGUCAAGAAAUGGGGAACCGGUAGUGUUUAA